CGGUGUUAAACCUAAGUGAGUUCUGUACUAAAAGUUGAAGCAAAAACUCUCUCAAAUUAUGUACAGUAUAACUGAAAUAAAGACGUUGAGAGUUCGCAAUCAUUUGCUGAUAAGGGAAUUGAAGAGAAUAUCAUUUAUUAUCGGUAUUAACCUAAAUGCUCAAACGAAUCUCAAAGAAUGGUGGAGGAUCAUCAAUAUUCUGUUUAUAAUUACAAGUUGUAUCGCUCUAUAUCCGCACUGGUUAAUGAUAAAACAAGCAAAAGGCGAUAUUCCAUUGAUAGCUGAGACUUCUACCACAGCGCUACAAACAACGACUGGCUUAAUUAAAAUGGCUUACCUGUUAUUUUCUCAGCAUAUACUUUAUAAACUGCUUCAGAAAGCUGAAACACAUGAACUACUGCAGAGGAUCGAAAUCUUUCAAACUGGGAUGCCAAUCAAAACCACUCUGAAAAAGGAGAUUAAUGCAAUUAUGGAUACCAACUGGAAACAGACGAGGAGGCAACUACUAUUCACUUUAGGAACGUGCAUCUGCAUUCUGUCCAACUACUUCUUCUACGCACUCUUCAAAAACUUAUAUAAUUAUUUACAGGGCACUCCAAAUUAUGUGUAUAUCCUGCCAUUCACUGGCUAUCCGAUGUUUCUAGAUAAGGUAAUGGGUUCUCCGUAUUACGCACUGGAUAUGUUUUUUGGCGCAUGCUCGCUCCUGGUCGCCGGCAUGAGUGCCAUUAGCUUCCAGGGUUGCUUUAUGGUGCUUUGUAAGCAUUGCUGUGGAUUGGUCCAGGUGUUAUGUCUAAUGCUGUUGAGGUCCACGUCAACUCUUGUUCCGAAAUCGCAACAUGUAGAAUAUUUGCGCUACUGCAUAGUACAACAUCAGCGAACUCUUGAGUUCAUCAACGACGUCAAUCGGUUUUUUCGGCACAUUUGUCUUUCCCAAUUUCUUCAUAGUUUGGCGAUUUACGGCUUUGUACUCUUUGAGAUGAACUUCGGCUUGGAAUCAAAUAAAGUUACUUUUAUUCGCAUGAUAAUGUAUUUAUGCGCUGCUUUGACAGGUGAUUGCAUGCACUACGUUAACGGACAGUUCCUGGCCAACGAGCUGGAAAAGAUUCCAUUAGCUUGUUUCAACUGUGAGUGGUACCACGAAACAGAUGACUUCAAGAAGAAAUUAAAAAUGAUCAUUAUGCGCUCCAAUAAAAAAUUUUGUUUCCAAAUAUCUUGGUUCACAGUAAUGUCCUUAGCUACUUUGAUGGGUGGUGGUUGCUGUUUAAAGGAGCUAAAAGUUGAUUGUAAAACCUUCAGUUAGUCGAGGUAGAUAUAGGGUUAUGAACGUACAUCAAUGUGGUCUGGAUGACGGGACCAAUUACACAAAAAACGAUAUUUUUGGAAACAUGGUGUUCUAAGUUUUAUUA